UGUAGACGUCAGGCACAGAAAAAGUCGUAGUUGUCAUACAAGGAAAAACGAGUGAAAUAAAUAACUGUAUAAAGUGUAGAUUUGUGUUUUUGAAGUGUUAAUAACAUGACUACUCCAGCCAGACGGAGGCUGAUGCGUGAUUUUAAGAGGUUACAAGAAGAUCCACCAGCUGGAGUAAGUGGAGCUCCAACUGAAACUAAUAUAAUGGUGUGGAAUGCUGUGAUAUUUGGGCCACAUGAUACUCCAUUUGAAGAUGGCACAUUCAAAUUAACAAUAGAAUUUACAGAAGAAUACCCUAAUAAACCUCCAAUAGUUAGAUUUGUUUCCAAAAUGUUUCAUCCAAAUGUGUAUGCAGAUGGCAGUAUAUGUUUAGAUAUAUUACAAAAUAGAUGGAGUCCUACCUACGAUGUAUCUGCGAUACUUACUUCUAUUCAGUCAUUGUUAGAUGAACCCAACCCAAACAGUCCAGCAAACAAUUUAGCAGCACAGUUGUAUCAAGAAAAUCGUCGAGAAUAUGAAAAGAAAGUGAAGGUCAUUGUUGAAGAGAGUUGGAUAUUUCUUGGUGAAGUGCCUGAACGUUAGCAGUGUCAUUAUAUCUUGUAUCUUCUCAAGCUUUACUAGUGAGUUGAACAAUGUUUGCAUUGUUACGUAUUUCAGGAUAAAGAGCCAAAUUGAAACAAUUGGGUUUGUGGUUCAGAUAAAAAAUAUUCCUCUGCUUUUCCUUUUUAUGCUUUUGUAAUACAUUUUAGCACUACAAAAUGUUUUCAAGUAAUAUAACAACCAAUUUACUAUACAUAAAAAGAGACCACUUUCAUUCACCGGACCUGAUUGAAUCUCAUUUGCUUAGUCAAAUAAGUCGAGAAUUUGACUUGUACUAGACCCACAGAAAAUUGUAAGACCAAUUUGUAAAUCAUAGCUUAUGAAUGUUGGACUACAGGAAUAAUCAAAACAUGCCAGACCAGCAGGCUUGUGUUUCACACAAUCGUCAAAAGUAGUAAAACUAUUGCACGUAGAUCUGGCUGGACUAAUGACUAGGAUAGCACUGGUGUUAUGGAGUUGGGUUCCUGUCCAGUUUAGUUAGGUGUGUGUGAUAACAUUGGGAGUUUUAUAUUUUGUCUUAUUAAUUAUGAGAUGAAGAAUUUCAUUUAGUUUUCAAUUUAUUUACUUAAAAAGAAAUGAAACGAAUGAUUUUUAUUGGAAUAAAAAAACCAUAUCAUAAAUUAAUAUUAUGAUUUCAUUUAAAUAUCGAUUAUAGAAGAAAAACAUUUCAUAACUUUAUGUUUGAGCCGAUUUUUUAAUAACGAUCUUGCAAUUCAGGUCUGUACUAGUCCUGAUGCAAUUACACAUUCAUGUUUGAUAUUGUCUCAUUAAUCUGAAGGCAAUGUAUUUGGAAUAUCUGUUGAAAAUGUUCAUAGUUCAUAUUGUGUACAACUGGUGCGUCUACAAAUUAACCAGUUUAUAGGGGAAAAGUUCUAAAUUUUUGUUGUGUUUUUACAGUUUAUUAAGAUAACAAAGCUUGGGUGGUUAAUUAUUUUUUGUUUUAACGUGUGCCAAUAUUUUAUAAUUUCCCGAAGAAGCUAUUUUGUGUUUAUUAUUUAUGCUUUUGUUGUGAUAUUAAUAGCACUCCAGUGUGUUAUCUAGCCUAGGGUGAAAACCAAAUCUUAGUAUCCUCGGAUAUGAAGUAUUUUUUUUUAUUCUACUAGUGGUCAAGGGUGGAAAAUUAUGGAAUUGUACAUACACUGGACAAGCCACAUAUGUACAACUGUGUGUGUGUGUGUGUGUGUGUGUAUGUCUACUGGUCAAGUCAUACAUAACAGGUGCCUUUUAAAGUUUUAGUGCAGUCAUGCACACAAUGGUGGUGUACAUGGUUAGAGAUGGCAAUAUUGGGUAGUGUGAUGCAUGUAUCAGUGUGUAUAUAGAUGGUGUGUAUGUUCACUGUCCUAAUCCUACAGUGGGUUGCGGUCGCAUGCAGUAAUAUGCAUGACUGAGAAGUUGCACAAUGCAUGUUGUCUAGAGGCAGUUACACGUGUCUGUUGGCAGAUUAUGUACGUUCUUAUUGAGUCACCAAGUCAAGUGAUGGGUGUCUACUGAAUGUUAUACUUGUACAGUAGUGUGUUCGUGUCUUCUCAUAUAUUUAUAUAUAUAUAUAUAUAUGUAGUGAAACUGGCUCAAGUGGCCACCUCUACUAACCUCUCACUUGUCUUUUUAAAAAGUCACCAUAUUCACUAUUUUCUUCCGUCUGAUUUGUAAACUCUAGUUUGUAUUAGUGGCCGUUAUGGAAGGCCACUUUUUACUACUCCUAUGGAUGGACAUCUAAUACAGGUUUUACUGAAAAUAAUUGUAAGUACUACAGUUUAUAGGCCUUUAGUCGUGCAUCAAGGCUGAAAAUAGCACAAUUUUAAAGAAAAAUGAUGUUGCUAUGUGAACUAUUGAAAUGCACAGGCAAUACUUGUGUUCAUAAGACUGCAAGUCUUUCUGUAGUAGGUUAUGUACAAAGUGUAAUAAAUAACAUGAACUAAUU